CUAUAGAGAAGUACUCAUUGUGUAUGUUAUGUGUGUCAUUUAUCUUAUUUAUCGCGAAUACUGUGAUGUCCGGAAUUCUAUUCUUCGCAGAAAUAAAAAAACUAAACGGAACGAACACGGAGGCAUUUCUUGUGUCUAUUAUCAACGGUUUAUGGCUUAUUUAUGCUGUGGCGCAUAUCCUAUAUCUCGUUUCUAUAUUUUCAGCGAUUGGAUUUAUAAUGCAGAAAAGAUACCUGAUGCUGUCCAAAGAAAUAAUGGAAAUAAACGUUAAGGAAGUUUUUCUACAAAACAUAUUGCAGGAAAUGUUGGAAAAUCAAGUUGAACUUUGGGGAUAUUGGAGAAUGAUUAACGAACAAUGGGAUGUUUUUAUGCCUUUAUUUUACACGUGUUAUCUUUACGCGACUUCUUUCCUUUGGUACGCAACAUUAUUUGUGAAAAUAAACGCAACAAUCAAAAUUAUUUGGACAACAGCAUCGUUGCUAUCUCUGUUUGGAUUAAUUGCUUUUUGCUGGGCUUUCUCUAAUUUGACAUCUGUGAUGUACGAUAAUUUCAUAAGUAUUGAAAAGGUUUCUUCAGCGAAUCUCCCAUUGACAUUCAAAUUUAAGAUAAACGACUUUAUGAAGAGAUUUGGAAAGAUUCCUCUUGGAAUAUCUAUGGGCGGAUUCUUCCAUAUUAAACGCGACUUCUUGAUAAGGGUGAUAAGUGCGGUUUAUUCGACAUUUUCUUCGUGUGUUGAAGUUAGUGGAAUUUUAGAAAAGGAAUCGAAAUGUAUGGUCAAACAAGGAAACAAUACGCUUCGUGUUUAAGUGUUCUUUAUAAAUAAUGAAUCAAAUGACUGAGAACCUAACUGUUUUAUCAUUUACAUCGUUAAAUCCUAUAAUGAUAUAUAAGUUUAUAAACUAAAUGAUUUCAAAAAUUAAUGCAUGAAUUGUAGCAAUAAAUAAGUCAUCUUAGAUCUGUAGAAUAAUUCUUUUUAAUCGGUACUCUGAUUAUCGUUAUUCAGAAAUUCAAUUUCCAUCGUUUUAUAUAAAAUCACCUGCACUCUUUCUAAAUGUGUUAAAUUGUAAUAGAGUCGUAUAAUUUUUAAUAUUUUAAGUUUUAAUAAUUAUUUGUUAGAAGAGAA